AUGGCCGAACCGGGGGCGGUGAGGAUCUCACCGCCCAACCACCGGCCUUCAGCCAUGGAAGGAUUUUUAAAAUCCGAUGAGAGACAACGACUAGCUAAAGAAAGACGAGAAGAAAGAGAAAAAUGUCUUGCUGCCCGGGAGCAGCAAAUCCUGGAAAAACAGAAGAGAGCCAAGCUCCAGUAUGAAAAGCAAAUUGAGGAGCGAUGGAAGAAGCUGGAAGAGCAGCGGCAGCGAGAGGAGCAGAAGAGGGCAGCUGUGGAGGAGAAGAGGAAGCAGAAGCUCCGGGAGGAGGAAGAGCGGCUGGAGGCGAUGAUGCGCAGGUCUCUGGAGCGCUCGCAGCAGCUGGAGCUGAAGAAGAAGUGCUCGUCGGGAGGAGCAUCACUGGCUGCCGGGCCCGGAGGACUAUCCCGUGCCUGUCCCCGUGUAGCUCCUGCUGGCUCCCUUAAAUCUUCCUACAAGUCUUCUCCCACUCGAAAUGUUGAGAGGAAGAAGAUCACAUCUACAUCUGGUGGAGGAGAUGCUGGGAAAGGCGCCCCUGCCGGAACAGAGAAGAUGAAGAGGGGGCCGAGAGCAACUGCUUCUGUAUCCAGCGUGGGCCUCAUGUCUCCUCUGAGAAGCAUUUCUAAGAGGUCGUCUUCUCCUGUGACAUCUAAGGCAACUUCAAAAGCAUAUCCGCAAUCUCCAAAGAACACAAAGCCGCCAUACCCAGGGUCUCCGAUGAAGUACCGCCUCCCCAGCUUUUCUGGCCAGGAGACACCCAAGAAGAAAGCAGACAAAGAGAAGAGCAACAAGGAGAAGGAAGGUACCCUGACUCAGGAGGCAGCCAGCUCACCCAAGGAAGAGGCCCCAGAGAAGCACGUGGCAGACAGGCAGGCCACCGAGAAGCACGAGAAGCACGAGGCCAUGGCAGGGAAGGCCAAGAGCAGCAGAGCCUCAGGGAAGUCCACAGCGGGCACCACUGAUGCAGGAGAGGCCACAAAGAUCUUGUCUGAAAAGAGACGACAGGCCCGGCUGCAGAAGGAACAGGAGGAGCAAGAACGUCUGGAGAAGGAAAAACAAGACAAACUGGAGAGAGAGGAAUUGAAAAGAAAGGCAGAGGAAGAAAGACUUCGCCUAGAGGAAGCCCGUAAACAGGAAGAGGAAAAGAAGCAGCGAGAGGAGGAAGAGAAAAGGAAGGUGGCAGAGGAGGCAAAGCGGAAGGCCAAGGAGGCACUGCUGUUGAAAGAAGAGCAAGAAAAGGAAAAACAAGAAAAAGAAAAGCAGGAAAAAGCCAUGAUUGUAAAGCAGAAGGAAGCAGCAGAAGCAAAGGCCCAGGAAGCAGCUAAACAAAUGCGUCUGAAAAGAGAACAGAUCAUGCUACAGAUGGAGCAGGAGCGACUGGAGAGGAAGAAGAGAAUAGAUGAAAUUAUGAAGAGAACAAGAAAGAGUGAUGCAUCUUUGGGAGUGAAGAAAGAAGACCCAAAAGUGGAGCUUCAGUCUGCUCUGUGUGUGGAAAAUAAGGCAGAACCCGUGGUCCCUAACAAAAUAGAAAUCAGUGUAUUGAACACCUGCCAGGAAGUAAAUGUUGUGGAACAUGCUGCCCCAGAAACUUUCCCUCAAGAUGUUUUCACUGAUGAACUUAAACCAGUUGAGGGACUUGUUCAUCUGGAUGCCCUUGAUGGGAAAUCAAACAGUCUGGAUGAUUCAACUGAAGAAGUUCAGUCUAUGGAUAUGAGUCCUGUUUCAAAAGAAGAGCUUAUCUCUAUCCCAGAAUUUUCACCAGUGAGUGAAAUGAUUCCUGGGGUAUCUCUGGACCAAAAUGGAACUGGUAAUGCCCGAGCACUUCAAGAUCUCUUAGAUUUCACUGGCCCCCCCAUUUUCCCCAAGAGAUCCAGUGAAAAUCUCAGCCUGGAUGACUGUAACAAAAACCUGAUCGAAGGAUUUAACAGUCCUGGCCAAGAAAAUACUCUGAACACCUUCUGUUGA